ACGCUGAGUGACGCGCAUGCGCACUGACUGACGUUCAACAGCAACGUGAUGUUUACUGGAGCGAUUGAACGACAUAGUGACGAAUUUACAAACAAAAUCUUGAAUUUGACAUCAUGAAAUUAACCCGUAAACUAGUUCUAGCUCGGGCUAAAGCUUCGGACCUGGAAAGCGUGAGAAAAUUAAACUGCUGGGGAUGUAAUCUGACAGAUAUCUCAAUAUUUUUGGAGAUUCCUAAUGUCGAGGUCCUCACACUGAGUGCUAAUCAGAUCUCAUCUCUGGAGCACAUAUCGUCGUGUCAGCAUCUUAGUGAGCUGUAUUUGAGACGUAAUAACAUUCAGAGCUUGUCAGAAUUGAAACAUCUGAAGAAUUUGACCCGUCUGAAAGUUCUGUGGCUGGCAGAGAAUCCGUGCUGUGAUUUUGACCCGGACAAAUACCGUCUGACCGUCAUCAGAAACCUGCCUGGACUGCACAAACUCGACAACCAGGUGGUCACAGAGGAGGAGAUUACACUAGCAUUGAAGGAGGGGGAGGAGCUUGUCACCCCUCCAGGCUCCGCCCCCAGCAGCUCCACUAAUGGCCUUACAGAAGCGGACUUGGAGAACGACCUUAAUUACAGUAUGGAGGAAACCAAUAAAAUUCGUGCUCAACUGGGAAUGAAGCUGUUGCCCAGAGACAAAUUCCCAUCACUGACAUCACCACGAGAGAACGGAGACAUGACUAAGAGAAAGUGUCACAUACUGGAGGCCAUUCUGCUUCUAAUGAAGGAUCUGGACGUCGAGGAGCUGAAAAUUGUUCAGUCGGUCGCCGAGGGUAAACUCCGAUCACGCAGUCGACAGAGAGAGCGCGAGACAUCUCCGAUCUGCUCUUAAACACUAAUCAUCAUAUUUAUACCAGCUGCACACAAGCAACAGGAAACUGUUUCAAACUGAAUUAUUUUUUAAAUUAAAUGCGAUACAUUUCUAAAUAUUUCAAUACUAUAUAUAUAUAUAUAUAUAUAUAAAAAAUACAUUUAUUCUCAGUUCAGAACAAAUUCCACACUGGUUUGAGUGUUU